AUAUCAGGUUUCAUCUGAAAUACAUCAUGUUCCUUCGCACCCUCGUUGUCCUUUGCCUUGUUUCUGCCAUCAGCUCCAUCACCUUGCAACUCUGUCAAGAGUUCUGUGCUGGUGUCAAUGGUGGUGAAUCUUACGCAUUCUGCUCUCCAUGGAUCAGUUUUGCCACUCACAGAAACAAGACUUGCUAUAAUCUCUGUGUUCAUAAUUGUGCUGCUGUCUAUGAUGGUUCCUGCACAACUGAUCCUGACUUUAGAUGCUGCUUGAAAACCACUCCAGCCAAAAAACAAGAAUUUAAGAUGAGCGGUUGCAACAAGCUUUACAACAAUCUUUAAAGGAGUUUUCUGCACAUUCAGUUGUUGCACAUUCAUUCAAUGAAAAGUUUUUUCAAAA